AUAUCACGACGUUUCCCAAGUACAAUACAGUCGACGUCGCCACUGCAUUUGAUAGGACAUCAGGUACCGGGCCGUGCUGAAGACAAGACAUAGACAGUAUAAAAAAUAUGAGUUUCCUAUGCGUCUUUCUACUAACCCUCACGUUUAACAGAUUAUCUAGUGGACAACCUUUAUCAUCUGACCGUCGUCAGACAGUAGAAGCAGCUCUCAUGGAACAGAGGAUACUAAACCAAAUCAGGCCACUUCUGACGGAACUGUGUAACGAUGACCGAAGGUAUUCACGCCACCUGUCUGAGCUGACGGAUGAAAUCAAGGCCCUAACUAAACGUGUUGAGAGACUAGAAGACAGUGCAAUUUUGAACGUAACAGUGUGUUCAGAUUACCUCGUAUCGGGAUUGUAUGGUGUGAAAGAUUCGGCGUUGUCCGCAUCUACUACAUGGACGAGGGAGGGCCAUCCCGACCAUGGUGAAGAAAACAGCAGGCUAUAUAAUGAAAGAAAUGAUACCAAACGCACUACGGGUGCUUGGUCAUCUGAAUAUGCUGAUAAUCAACAAUAUAUACAGGUUAAAUUCCCAAGAGAAACGGAAGUAGAAACAAUCUUGUUGCAAGGUCGAAAGUGCAUAUGUAACCAGUGGGUUGAAACCUAUCACCUAUCUUAUAGCAUGGAUGAUACUACUUGGACUACAGUGAUGUCGGACAACCAAGAACCUAGGUUAUUUACCGGAAACAAUGACCAGACCACCAUAGUUAAGGCUAGCGUUGUCCCAAGUAUCACUGCAGUGUACCUCCGGAUUAUUCCAAGGAGUUGGAACAAUCAUAUAUCUCUCCGUUUUGACGUCAGUGGCUGUUACACCGUUAGGGAAACACGUAAACACAUACACAAAGCUUUAGGAUUCAAACCAGUCCUGAACGACGACACACUGUACAAGGUGAACGAACGUGAUCAUAACCAGUUGGACGCUGCCAGGCUCUGUACCCAACAAUAUUCACAGCUCAUCAAGAUAGAUUCCUUGUCAUUGAUGGCGAGUCUUAAGGCAGUCGUGGAGGGAAACGAUAUACUAAGGAACGCCCACAAUCAGAUGUACGUGUCCGGAAGGUAUGUUUUAAAUCAGUGGCAGUAUAGUGAAGGCUUUGGAGUGAUUGACAGCGCCCUCUGGUCUCCAGGCAAUCCUGACCCGACUCAAGGUCACUGUGUGAUGCUGACAACAGCAGGCCUGGCUAGUGUGAAUUGUUCUCAAGCACUCUUCUCCGUGUGUGGACACAUUUAAUGUAACUUAUUUCUGUCUGUAGACUAGUGAAACUUAAUAACUGACUUCUUGUUGUAUUUUGUUUCUGCUUUGACCAGUUCUCCGAACAUUCCUAUAUUCACAAAGAGUGCAUCAGAAGGGGAGCUUGAUUUACCUACAAACCAAAUUCGA